CCGCGGCACCGGCGACUAACCCGGAAGGAGAAGCCGUGACUCGGGCUAUGUGGUGGGGUGUAUGCGUUGUCGCUGUAGGGAGCUGGUGCUGCUCUCAGAUGUUUUCUUCCAAUGGGUGUUUGGUGUAGGAUGUUGGAGAACCAAGAGCAGGAGGAGGUGAUCACUGUGCGCGUUCAGGACCCCCGCGUGCAGAAUGAGGGCUCCUGGAAUUCUUAUGUGGAUUAUAAGAUAUUUCUCCACACCAACAGCAAGGCUUUUACUGCGAAGACUUCCUGUGUGCGGCGCCGCUACCGUGAGUUUGUGUGGCUGAGAAAACAGCUUCAGAGAAAUGCUGGUUUGGUGCCUGUACCUGAACUUCCUGGCAAGUCAGCCUUCUUUGGCAACUCGGAUGAGUUCAUUGAGAAGCGACGACAAGGUCUGCAGCACUUCCUGGAAAAGGUCCUGCAGAGUGUGGUCCUCCUGUCAGACAGUCAGUUGCACCUCUUCCUGCAAAGCCAACUCUCAGUACCUGAGAUAGAAGCCUGUGUUCAGGGCCGAAGCUCUGUUUCUGUUUCUGAUGCCAUUCUUCACUAUGCUAUGUCAAACUGCGGCUGGGCCCAGGAAGAGAGGCCGAGUACCUCUCACUUGGCUAAAGGAGACCAGCCUAACAGUUGCUGCUUUCUUCCAAGAUCGGGGAAGAGGAGCUCUCCUUCACCACCUCCCAGUGAAGAGAAGGACCCUUUAGAAGUGUGGGUUCCUGUGGUUGACUCUGAGGCUCCUUCCUUGGAAAGUCCUACCUUGCCACCUCAGUCUUCACUGUCAUGCUCUAAUUUUUCAAGAUCUGAUGAGGGAACCGCUGCUUUCCAGCCUGUGAGGAAGGCUGUGGGAAGGGACCAUGCUGUGCCUUUGGACCUUGAUCAGUUAGAUGCAGUUUGGGAAAAGUGAGCUCUGUUCUAAGCUCUGAGUUCUACUUUGAGGCAGACAAAGGAGAUGCAGGCCAGGAGUUUUGUUCAGGUGGGAUUGGGCACGGGGUAGGUGUAGGGGGAAGUCAGGCUGCUUAGCAUCUUAUAGUUGCCUCUGCUUGAGUUGGCUGUGCGGAGUUUGGUUGUGACUACUCCUCAUGCCUCUUCCAUAGGAACAGACAUCACACACUUGUUUGUAAGUUAAGCACAAGGGCUAGAGGUGGUUGGUUUUGAAUUGAAUCCUGUAUUUACUGUUGCAGGAGUUGAGUUUCUUCAGGUGUUUGUUUAGGCUCAGGAGCACUGCCUCUGGUGACUGGUUUUGGGGAUCUAAAUGCGGUAGAUUCUAAGCCACCAGAUUGAAUAUUGUCCCAACAGGGAUGCUUGUAUGGUUGUGUUCCCAUCUUGGCUGGCUUCAGUUUUUGCUGCAGCCCCUGGAGCACUUUGUUUUUGGGAGGCUGGCCUCUCGUUUACCUCCUAGAAUUAGUUUUCCUCCACUAAAUACCACUGAAUGGAACUGGUGCUGUGACUCCUUUGCUGGCAUUUCCAGCAGAUCCCAAGACCUCAUUUGGGCUGAGUGGAGCCUAAGAGCCACGUGCAGCUUAUGGCUCAUGAGAGAGAGGGGGUUGGCUAUCGCCAGAGGAAAAGGCAGCAGCUCAGGGGCUUUGUUUGGAAAAGGUUGUCCUGGGCUGUCACUGUCUUUUGCUUAUAAAGCGGAACCAUGUUUAUCUUUUCUGCAAGGUUAGAGUGGGCUCCUUUUUUGAAUCCUUCUCUUUUAGUAAUAGGUCCCUACCCCCAGGGCUUCAGCCACCAUUGAGUCCCUCUGCUGCGCUGCGUUGCAGGGAGGCCGUAUGUUCGGUAUGUUCAGUCCGGUGGGGCACUGGGGCUUUGUUUCUGCCUGGAAAAGAGGGCUCUGGGGAUGGAGAUGAGAAACAACAUGCCUUCCUUCAGACAAUGAGGCAUUCUGCCCUCCUGCUGCCAUAAUUCCUCUCCACUGAGAAUCAGAGCUGGUAGGAGCCAGUGCUGCCUCCAGCUUUCUGUAUUGCUCUGCUCUUGGGUUGGUGUGUGUGGCUUUUUCCCCUCUAGCCCACUCCUCCCCCCUCUAGCCAACCUGCCUGUCUGUGGGCUCUUUUACUACCAGCCUAUGUUGUGGGACUGUCAUGGCAUUUAGUUCAGAGUUGAGGGGCUUUGGCCUGAAAUAAAAUGCAAGUAUUUAAGACUGUUGUUGCAAUUUGUGUCUAACAAGCUGUAGCAGAGAAGGAGGGAGUGAGGGCUGGCAGUAGUUACUUUCAUAAAUCAUGAAUUUAUCAGCGUGGAAAUAAUGGUUCAGGACGGUGCACUGUGGCUCUCCUGCAUUGUGUGUGAGCUCAGGUUCACCACUGGAGGAAGGAUCGUCUUCCAAAGAGUCAGGAUCCAGCUCUUCUCACAGUUCUGGGCAUGAACCUUGUUAGGUAUAAUUUACCUGAUGCUGCUUCCAUCCUUGCAGCCUGUCUGAGGUGCCAGGUGCUAAAAGAGAAAUAAAGUUUGUCAACAGGCAGAUGCAAAGCCCUGGCUGGAAUUCAUCCCUCUUUCCUGCCCGCCUCCCCUGGGUCUCUCCUUUAUAUGAUGCAGCAGAGCAAGGCGAGAAAUAGAAAACCUACAGAGGCAAAUCCAAAAUGUCAAAAGAAGUUCAUUUAAAAGGGGAAAAAAACUCCAUACACAACCCUCACAAAAACCCGACAGAUGCUAAGCUAAUGGCAUCCGCUCUGCCGAUUGGUGGGGAUGGCUCAUGAAUAUUAAUGAGUCCAAUGCUCCAAAUGGUGCAGCUGUGAACCCAGCUGUGCCUGAAGCUCUCUGAUCUCAAAACUUCCAGACAGGAGCCGGAGGUGGUCUGUGUCAAUUCCCUACUCAGCCAAAAAACAGCAAGCUGGGUUGGCCUUCUUCUGUUCGCCCUUCUCUUCCUGGAGUUGGUACUCAGCAGCUAGUUGUGCCAGCAGGCUGGGCUGCUGGGACAGCAGGCGCUGUUCAAAGAUGUGGAUGUGAUUUUUCUGACUCCCAGCUUUUUUAACGAUCCAUUAGCAGCAGAGCAUACAGCACCACCUCAGUUAAUCUGAGGCCAGGCGCUGUCCCCUCUUGGUCUGGUGCUGAGUUGAGUAUAGGCUGUGGAAGGAGUUGAACUAAGGGAGAGCUUUCCUAAUAACAUGGACCUGGGUACCAGAAAAACAGCAAAGCUAGACUUUCCUCUCCAUCCAGGCAGUGCCAUAUGCCCCUCUUGUGUAUUUCUCGUCCUGUGUGUGCUCAGGUCUAUCCAGCACAGCUGGGUGACCUCUGUAUGAAAGGGAAGGUGCUAGCUGGAGUGAGGUGAUGGCCCACUGAACUGUUUUGUAGAAUGAAAUUAUUUUUUGUUUAGAUUUGAGGUGUAAGGCCGGGUCAGAGCCUGCUUUAGUUCUCUCUUCUCUGCUAGCUCUUCCAUGGUCCAAGUCUAGGCAUCUGUUACUCAGGAAGAGUGAUCUAAGCUCAGAGGUAGUGGUUAUUUGGUGGAAGUUUGUAUGUAAGGUGUGGGGGAGAGGGAAAGGGGUUACGUUUUCUUAAGAAUAAGUUUCUUAUGUAUCACUUUAUUUGACCAUCUCAGUGCCCAGUGAGGAAAAUAGGCAGUUUUUAUACUCAAUUUCUGACUGAACAAACUGACCUAAGUGUGAAUAUUAAGUAUGUUUUGUUGGGCACGGUGGUGCAUGCCUUGGAGGCUGAGGCAGGAGGCUUGCACAUUUAAGGCCAGUCUUGGUAAUUUAACACGACCUCCUUAAAAAUUUAAUUUUAAAUUUUAAAUUAAAAAUUUAGGGGGCCGGGGAGAUAGCUCAGUCGG